GUUUGGCAUGGGCAAGAGCAUCAGCUGCAGUUAUUGAUUUCAAUUGCUUCUUAAUUCUUCUUCCUGUCUGUCGAAGCAUGUCAUUUCUUCGAGGUGUAGAUUGUUGUGGAAUGGGUCACAAUUUACAACGAUUGCUCGAUAAAAAUAUCACAUUUCAUCGAGUCAUUGCCUACGUGAUUUGUUUCUUCACCACCAUUCACAUCGGAGCACAUCUUUUAAACUUUGAGAAUCUUAUUGAUGCUUAUGGUCGUGACUCUAAGGAUCUACGCUUUCAUUUGAGCGAUCUGGGGGAUUCUGGGAAUGAUACUUACAUCAACCCUAUAAGAAAAAAAGAUACAGACCCUCCAACUGAAGUCUUUAAGACUGGUAACUAUAUUUUUUACUUACGAAACUGAGAACCUUAGAUAACAUGAAAACAUGACAAGAUUUGCGCUGUGUAAUUUAAUAUUUUUAAUCGGGAUUUGUUGGAAGAAUUCACGUUCCUUUGCACUUGUUUUAAAUGCGACGUUGAAUUUUAACCAAAGACAAGAUAGAAACUUGUUUGUAAAUUUUCAUGGUUCAAUACUCGUUAUUUGUGCUUAUUGUAUCAUCUAAAGCUUUCUAUAAAUUGUGAAAGACAUAAUUAACAUUGAUUUGUCGUUGCUUCUUUAAA